AUGCUAGCAGACAGACGUCGUCUCAACGCCCCUCCAGGCGGCACAGCACCACCAGUCUUCGCCUCACUUCCCGAAGCAAAACUUCAAAGACCAACCCGAACACGAAAAGCAGACGAACACCGCAAGAUCUUCCUCCGGACAGGCGUAGUCCCAUCAGCGAGCGGCAGCGCAUACUACGAGAUCGCACCUCAAGACCAAAUUACUCCAAAGCAAACUCUGGUUCCUUCGUCUUCGAGCUUGAAAAUCACAUGCACUGUCCACGGACCUAGGCCAUUACCGCGGAACGCGGCGUUCAGUUCAAAUCUCCUCCUCACUACGCAUGUCAAGUUCGCGCCUUUCGCGACACGGCAGAGGAGAGGAUACGUACGGGACUCGAGCGAGCGGGAUCUCGGCGUUCACUUGGAGACGGCGUUGAGGGGGGUGAUUAUCGGCGAUCGGUGGCCGAAGAGCGGGUGCGAAGUUGUCAUUACGGUGUUGGAGGGCGAGGAAGAUGGCUGGUGGGGCGACGCUCAAGAGGGAGGGAAGGCCGGCGGGUGGGGGAUGAUGAAUGUUCUGGCGGGGUGUAUUACGGUGGCGAGUGCGGCGCUUGCUGAUGCUGGGAUUGAUUGUGUGGAUCUUGUUUCUGGAGGCGUUGCGGCGUUGACUGCGGAGAGGGGUGGUGAGGGCGUGCUUGAUCCGUGUCCGUCGGAGCAUGAGAUUAAGGCUGCUUGUGUGGUUGGGUAUCUGCAGUCGAGGGAUGAGGUCACGGAGAUGUGGAUGAAGGGAGACGCUGGUUCGCAGUCGGAAGUGCUCAUCGAUAAUGCAGUGAAAGCUGCUGUCUUGACGAGGACUGUGCUCGCUGAGGCGGUGAAGGAGGCUACCGAGAUGAAGAUUGGGAAGACUCAGGAUGCAGAUGUGGAGGCGGCGAGUGCGGGAAAAGGCAAGACGAAGGAGGUGCAGAUGACGGAAUGA